GAGGAGUGCCUCGCUCACUUGGCACUUCCUCUCUCCAAGUCAGGAGUCGGGGCCUCCCCAGUUUUUCUCAGGCGGCAGCGGCGGCGGCGGCGGUUUGCGAUGUUCGGCUUCCAGAGAAACGCAGUAAUCGGACUCAACCUCUACUGUGGGGGGGCCGGACUGGGAGCGGGCAGCGGCCGCGGCGCCUCGGCGCCGGGGGGGCGGCUUUUGGCUGCGGGGAAGGAGGCCCCCGCCCGGCGAGAGGGAGGGGGAGGGGAAGCGGGCGCGGUGAUUGGCGGAAGCGCCGGGCCGAGCCCCCCGGCCACUCUCGCGCCCGACGCCCGGAGGGUCGCGCGGCCUUCGCCUAUUGGCGCCGAGGGCCCCGACGUCACCGCGACCCCCGCCAGGCUGCCGUUCUUCGCGCGCCACCGCCUCUUGUCGCCGCCUGAAGAGAUGGAAUCCCCGGCCUCGGGCGCCAUUAUGUCGCCCGAAGAGGAGCUGGACGGGUGCGAGCCGGAACCUCUGGGAAAGCGGCCGGCCGUCCUGCCUCUGCUGGGGUUGGUGGGGGAGGCCAGUAACAGCCCCGGCACGGACGGCUCCCUCCCCUCCACGCCGCCCCCAGCAGAGGAGGAGGAGGACGAGUUGUACCGGCAGUCCCUGGAGAUUAUCUCUCAGUACCUCCGGGAGCAGGCAACCGGCGCCAAGGACGCGAAGCCGCUGGGCGGGUCGGGGGCCGCCAGCCGGAAGGCGUUAGAGACCCUGCGACGGGUCGGCGACGGGGUGCAGCGCAACCACGAGACGGCCUUCCAAGGCAUGCUUCGGAAACUGGACAUCAAAAACGAAGACGAUGUCAAAUCUUUAUCUCGAGUGAUGGUCCAUGUUUUCAGUGACGGAGUAACAAACUGGGGCAGGAUUGUGACCCUUAUUUCUUUUGGUGCCUUUGUGGCCAAGCACUUGAAGAGUAUAAACCAAGAAAGCUGCAUCGAACCAUUAGCAGAAAGCAUCACAGAUGUUCUCGUAAGGACGAAACGAGACUGGCUAGUCAAACAAAGAGGCUGGGAUGGGUUUGUGGACUUCUUCCAUGUAGAGGACCUAGAAGGCGGCAUCAGAAAUGUGCUGCUGGCUUUUGCAGGUGUUGCUGGAGUAGGAGCUGGUUUGGCAUAUCUAAUAAGAUAGCCUUUUAAGUGCAAUAAUUGACUGUUAACCAACUCCAGCCACCAAACCCACACACGCCUGCUAUGAGGUCAAAUGUUUGUAUGAAGUUGGACUUCAAGUUCUGCAGGCCAUAACCUCCCAGAGUUCUGCUCUAGCAACGGAGAAAAGCAAGUGACAGGAGGCUUAUGGCUAACAGGAAUAAAUACAUGGGAAAAGUAGUUGCCUUGAAGAGUCACUGUCUGAAAGAAGCAAAAGAAGUGGAGUUCAGUUUCAGCAACAGGCAAACUUUGGGAGGCCAUGGAGAAGGACUUUUAGACUUAGUGAAGAUGGUAGGUGAAGAGACUUUAAUUACCUUGCCUAGAACAGGAAAGUGGCCAGUAGGCACGCUAGUCAUAUAGUUCAUUAAAUAUGCCCACUGAAUUAACUUCUAUAGUGUUAAAAUAGAAGCACUAACAACGGCCAGUGGCAUGUGUAUAAUGGUAGCUACAAGUAAUAGAACUAUGACUAGAAGCCUCAGUACUGUACAACAGAGUGUGAAGGGAAGCUUUUUCCUCUAUAAUUAGCUUUCCCAGGUGUGCUUCUUGAAUAGAAAGUCCAAGUGCUCAGGAUGUUUGUACCUGUCCUACUUUGGCUUGUUUGAUUAGCCUAGUGUGGCCAAGAAUACUUGACCUAAGGCUAAAUUACAAAUUUGGAAUAUUCUGUUUUUAAGAUUAAAACUUGUAUUUGUAAAAUUGUAUAUUUACAGAAAAUUAUUCAAACGUAAAGUGAGAAGUCAAAUUUCAUACCCUUUUGAAAUAUACAAUUUCUGUAGUUAGGAACCUAUUUCUUACAGCUUUUCUAUUCUAAACUUUGUUCUAGUCAGUUCUAGGUUGUAUACAAAACCAACCUACCUAAUUGUAUACAGCCUGGUUGUAGUACAGCCAUUCUGAUUAGUAACUAUGCAGGCUUUAAUUUUCCUAUCUGAUUUUGGUGAGUAUUUCUGAAAUAGGUGUUUGGUUUCUUGGGGGUUUUUUAAACCUGGGACUGAGAAAUUGAGGAAUGGAAAUUAAUCCUUUUACUUUGUUACAUGUGGGUUUUCAAUAAUUGAGUCAAGGUUUUAAGGUUUUAUUUUGGGGGUGGGGGGGUGGGGCACUUGGACUGAUGACUUGCAAAUAAUGGGCUCUGAUUGGGCAACUACUUGAGUUUCUUCCAUGUGAUCUAAUUUAACUGAAUUUAAAACUGUGUGAAAUUUAAACAGUUCCUGAGCUCAUCUUCAAACGUUUUGCUAAAAGAUUUUCAGCUGUUGCAAAUGGAACUUAUUAGGGGUAUGUAUAAAAAGAUCACAUCAGGUGGAUUGGAGACAUUUGAUCCCUUGUUUGUUUAAUAAGUUGUACAGUAAUGGCUUGGAAAAGCCAGCUAUAGUCUAACCAUGGUGCUAUUACUAGGCUUGCUUGUUAAACACAGGUCUAAGCCUAGUAUGUUAAUAAAUACUUAUUUCAUUUCUAUUAAUGUU